AUGGCUUACAAGAACAUUGUCGUCGUCGGGGCAAAGGGAAAGCUGGGCGCUCCCUUGAUCCAGGCUCUCCUGUCCUCGAAGCUUGCCGACUUUACUGUCACUGCGCUUGUUCGCAAAUCCUCCGAGUACGCUGCACCUGAAAACAUCGAUACCAAUCGCUUCAAGCUUGCAAGAGCCAGCUUUGAUGUACACGAAGAGCUUGUGGCUGCUCUCAAGGGCCAAGAUGCCGUCGUCCUAGUCUUCACGGCCAACCAAGAGCUUUAUCCUACUACAAAGGCAAUCCUCGAGGCUGCUAUUGAAGCUGGCGUGAAGCGUAUCAUUCCAAGCGAGUUUGGAUGUGACGAGCUCCCUAUGACUGAUGGGCUGUGGAUGCCGAAACGCAUGGUGAACCAGAUGAUCGACGAUGCCGCUAAGAAGAACCAGAUUACCUAUACGGCAAUCAGGAAUGGCCCUUGGUUUGAACUUGCUUUCGAACUCAUUCUUGGCUUCAAUCUCAAGGCCAAGACUGUACUGUUCUACGACAAUGGAGAUAGGAAAUUCCACACGACAACUGUCGCUUCGGUCUGCCAGGCCAUCAUCUCCCUUCUUGCUCAUCCCGACAAGUUCGUGAACCAAAUUGUCCAUAUUCACGACUUUUUCGUCACCCAACGAGAGCUCCUUGAUUUGGUGGAACAGGAGACUGGGUCCAAGUUUGAAACCAGUACUGUUGACGCAGAAGCAUUGGCCGCUCGCGCGGUGGAGGGACUCCAGCGUGGUGAAUUUACUCAAGACAAUGUUCUUGGUGCCAUUAGAACCAGCAUAUUCAGGGAGGAAGGAAAUGCGAGAUGGGAUGUGAACGACGAUAGUGCUGAGUUGGGACUAGGAGGGGUCAGUUUGGUGGAGGAGAUCAGAAAGCUAAUCUCUAAAGCCUAA